AUGUCUAUGACGAAGAAUCUCCGAGUGCGGACGAACCCGAGAGACCGCGGUGUGGACUCAACUUUAAAGAUCAUUAUCGUCGGUGCCGGUCUGGGUGGUCUCGGCGCUGCGAUUGCCCUUCGCCUGGCCGGCCAUGAAGUCGUGAUCCUCGAAUCCGCGCGAGAAAUAGGUGAAGUCGGCGCAGGAAUCCAAUGUCUCCCCAAUAGCACUCGCAUUCUCCAGUCAUGGGAUAUCCACGGUGCAUUGGAGAAGGCGGCAUCGCACACAGAGACGUGCAAUAUCAUCGGCUGGAAAGGAGAACUGAUCUCCAGCUAUGCUUUUAGCCAGGCAGCUGAAGAGUACGGGUCUCCGUUUUAUGAUUUCCAUCGAGCCGAUCUCCAUGGAGUUCUAUAUGAGCGGGCACUUGAGCUGGGUGCGGAGAUUCGUACAAAAUCUGAAGUGGUGGAUAUGUCAUUUGAUGAGGAGAGCAGUGUGGCGAGGGUAAUCAUCAAGAACCAGGAGGACCAGACGGCCGAUCUUGUCAUCGGUGCGGAUGGGAUAAAUUCACGGUGUCGUGAGAUUCUUCUUGGGAGAAAAGAACCGCCUCACAGAACCGGUGAUAUGGCGUAUAGGCUAUUGUUGGAUGCGAAUGAGAUCCGGAAAGAUCCCGAACUAGCCACCUACGUGGAUGGCAAAGCCGUCAAUUACUGGUAUGGCCCUGGAGCGCAUGUAGUGACAUAUCCCCUUAGGAACUCAUCGUUGUUGAAUAUGGUUCUGCUGGUCCCGGAUAAUAUGCCCGAAGAAGGACCCUCAACUCUCCAAGGCUAUGUCGAUGAAAUGCAGGGCUUGUUCCGCGAUUGGGAUCCAAGGAUUGGGAAAUUGCUAGCAAUGUGUCCCUCCGUGCUCAGAUGGAGACUAUGCAUCCGGAAAAGUAUUGAUUCAUGGGUCCAUCCAAGCGGCUGCUUUGCAUUACUAGGCGACUCUGCGCACGCGACACUCCCCUACCUAGCUAGCGGUGCAGGCAUCACUUUCGAGGACGGAGCGGUCCUAGGCCAAUGCCUGGACAGGAUUGAGUCCAAGUCCGCAACAGAGAAGAAAAAAGCACUCGCCGUGUAUGAGAAGUGUCGGAAACUACGAACAGAAACAGUGGUACAGCGUGGCACGAUCCAACAAGACCUGAACCAUCUGGAUGAUGGGCCCGAGCAACAGGAAAGGGACAAAAAGAUGCGUGCGUUUGAAGACAUUGAAAAGGCAUGGCAAGGUGGAAAUAGAAACCCUCUUCCCAGUACUCUGAAAGAUGGAGAAGACCCCCUGGUAUGGCGUCGCUACGGCGUUGGGGAAUGGCUUUUCCGCUAUGACCCUAUCCAGGACGUAGAGGAGAACUGGUGAACUGUUAAAUCUAUCAACGUGCUCAGAAGUAUAUGUAUAUAGCAAGCUAGGAACUGAUGAAUAUCCACGACUCAUAUUUA